AUGGGUUUGCACACAAGUUCUUCCACUCAAUCCAAGAAUAACUCAAGAACUCCUUCCAAGAAGCACUACAAGUCUCGUGCAACCCCAAUGCAAAACCCUGAAGCCCCUGUGCCUGAGGAUGUUUCAAACACUUCUGUCUCUGCAAAUGAUGAAGACGAUGUCGCGACAUCUUCCCAUGGCUCCGAUGAGACAUUGUCUGAUAAGCCUGCCAAGGAAGUUUCACUCUCAAAGGAUUCUUCCUCUUCAUCCAAGAGUUCUGAUUCCAAGGCUGCAAACUCAACGGAUGUUUUGUCAGAGGAGUCGAUGAAGACCCCUCCCAUUGUUCAUGAUGUCUCUAAUGAUGAAGAUUCAGAGGAUGUGCCUCUGGCGAGUGUUGCUGCCAGAAUGCUAAAAUGA